AGCAAAAACUCCACUGCUCAAAAAGAAAACUUUUGAGAGAUUUAAUGUAUUGUUUUAUACAACACAGCUCAUUUAUUUGUUAGAAAAUCCCAGAAUUUGCUGCACGCACGCUGCCCUGCCCUGCAUUUAAACAGGAAUAUAAUUAGCAGUAUCUGCUGUCAAGAUAAUUGCAUUGUAUCGUGGAACUUAACCACUAAUCUCCUGCCUGGUGACUGGCUGCCCAGCAGUGAAUGUGCCAGAGUCAGCAGGAUGGUGUGUUUGACUGCGGCGAGGAGGCGUUCGGGCCUGCAGCACCUCUCCAUAUUGUUCUCUAUCAGUGGCACAACAAAAAGGGGGCUUCUGCUGCAAAACGCAGCCGGGAGCAGCACCAAUCGGCAGACAGUCGGGGCAGGUCAGAGGGGUGCUGCUGUUACACGCUGGUCAGUCACGCAAAUGUUUUGCUGUUUUUAUUUUGUUGGCCCCGUUCUGCUCAUAUUUGAGUUUUAAAAAAAUGAGCAGCGACAGUGAAGCCUGUCGGUCCGAUACCCUACAGGCCGCAGCCUCACAGCCACCUGACUCUCAGAGUGAGACGCCCAGAUCCAGACAGGAGCAAGAGGAAAAACUGAUCCUGGCUGCGUGGCGAACCAUGCAGCAGAGCCUGUCUGAGAAGGAGCCUGCAGCUCCAGGUCUUCCUCAGUCUUUCCUGGCCAAGCAGAGGCGCUCCACCCAGACUAGGAGGGCCCGCUCCGCCCGCCCGGAGCCCCCGUAAGAGCCUCUUGGACACAGUGCGUCUCUGUGCUACAGAAGAAGGAGGGCAUGCGAGUUUUUGGUGGGCUGUUAUCCCCCCCUGCUGGUGAUAUCAAUCAGAAACAAACUGUCUGCAGCUACAGGUGGCUGGGUCUUUAAAAAUAUACAGAAUAGCAUCACAUGUAAAAAUCUUUUUUUUUUUCUUUUUUUUUCAGAUUGA